AUGGCUCGUACAAAAGGCGGCAUCUACCAUGAGGAACGAGGCUCGCUACAGGGGCAGGAACCGGCGUUAGUGGUGGAGGGGCAAUACCAGUACACAGCUCCUGAUGGACAGGUAUCUCUCUCUCUCCUUAGCAAUCCGUCAUGCCUUCCUUGUCUACCACGAGGCGGCUCGCUACAGGGGCAACUGGCGUUUGUGGAGGAGGGGCAAUACCAGUACACAGCGCCUGAUGGACAGGGGCAGGAACCGGCGUUAGUGGUGGAGGGGCAAUACCAGUACACAGCUCCUGAUGGACAGGUGAUAAACGUGAUCUACAGAGCAGACGAGAACGGUUUCCAAGCGACGGGCGACCACCUCCCCACUCCACCCCCCAUUCCACCAGCGAUACAGCGCGCACUCGACUACUUGAAGAGUUUACCGCCUUCUGAGAAUGACUAUUGA